AAAAAAGAAAAUGCAAUGUCAACUUCAGCUCUUGGUAAUCCUGUAAGUGAGAUAUUGUUCUCCUGUGUUUCAGAUUUCCGGUUCCCGUGGUUCUUAAUUAUUAUCUUUGGAAUGUUUGGGCUGACGGUGAUAUUUUUAUUCAUGUUUUCUAAGCAGCAAAGGAUUAAGAUGCUGCUUCUGCCCCCAGUUCCAGUUCCAAAGAUUAAAGGAAUUGAUCCAGAUCUCUUCAAGGAAGGAAAAUUAGAAGAGGUGAACACCAUCUUGGCCAUUCACGACAACUACAAGCCUGAAUUCUACAAUGAUGACUCUUGGGUCGAAUUCAUUGAGCUCGAUAUUGACGACCCUGAUGAAAAGACUGAAGGGUCGGACACAGACAGACUCCUCAGCCAUGACCAUCAGAAACUACUUAACAUCCUGGGGGCGAAGGAUGAUGACUCUGGCCGAACCAGCUGUUACGACCCUGACAUUCUGGAGGCUGACUUCCAGGCCAGUGACGUGGGUGACGGUACCUCAGAGGUUGCUCAGCCACAGAGGUUAAAAGGGGAAGCAGAUCUCUUGUGCCUUGACAUGAAGAAUCAAAACAACCCGCCUGGUAGGGAUGCUCCCCCGGCGGCUGGGGAGCCUGGUGUUAUCCUAGCAGAGGAAAGCAAAGCCAGACCACUUCCCCUCGGUGAAACCGAGUCAGCUCCCCACGCUGCCCACGCUCCGCUCCACAGUCCGAGUCCACUGGCAAACAUUGACUUUUACGCCCAGGUGAGCGACAUCACACCCGCAGGGAGUGUGGUCCUUUCCCCGGGCCAGAGGAAUAAGGCAGGGAUACCCCAGUGCGACGCGCACCCAGAGGUGGCCUCGCUCUGCCAACCAAACUUCAUCACGGACAGCGCCUACUUCUGCGAGGCAGACGCCAAAAAGUGCAUCCCUGUGGCCCCUCACGUGGAGGUGGCAGCACGUGGAGAGCCGAGCUUUAACCAGGAAGACAUUUACAUCACCACGGAAAGCCUUACCACUACUGCCCGGAGGGCUGGGACAGCGGGACCGGCCCCAGGCUCGGCGAUGCCCGUCCCUGACUAUACCUCCAUCCAUAUAGUCCAGUCUCCGCAGGGCCUGGUCCUCAACGCCACUGCCUUGCCCCGGCCCGACAAGGAGUUCCUCUCGUCGUGUGGCUAUGUGAGCACAGACCAGCUGAACAACAUCAUGCCGUAGCCUGUCUUUGAUUUCCCCUGAGCUAAGUAUUUAAUGGCCAAGAGAGGGCUGGGGCAUGAAUGCUUAAACCAAAACCAUGUUUAAACCUUCUGGGAUGGUGGGAGGGGAGGUGGGCGGGGAGUGUGGAUUCUAAAUGCCUUUUCCUGAAAUGUUGACACAUGAUAUUAAAAGAAGAAGAAGAAAAAAAAAAAAACACUUAAUCAGCUAGAUAUUCCCCUUGUGAAUUGUAAAUACUUUCAAGAGUCGUCUCCAAGACUGUUUUGUGGCAGUGAUCGUCUUGUUAUUGUGGGUGUUCAUUUUGUGAUGCUGAGCUUUGAAUGGCAGUAAAUCAUGCUUUUUUUUUUUUUAAAAGCGAAAAAUCAGGUGGCUUUUGCAGUUCGGGAAACUCGAAUGCGAAUUAAAGCACAGGCUACUUUUUUACGUGAUUGGGAGCUAAAAUUAUACGUAAGAGAACAAAAAAUAGUUUGGAUAUGGAAAAUUUUAUUUUGACAUAAAACUGAUAAAGAUAUUUUUAAUAAUUUACACUUCAAGCAUGGCUGUUUUUUACUACACUGCCCACUGUGUCCUGAAGUUCACGGGGACCCAUCUGAAGACUGUAGCAACUACAGUCUGAAGCUGACCUAGUGCUUUGGUCCCAUUGCCUAAUGAAAACAAGUCAGUUUUUUACAAGGCCCUUUUGAUACCUCCCCAAACUCCUCACACACGUCAACAAUGAUUGUAGUUACCCACAUCAUUGGAACAUGCUGGUCUUACCUGAAUUUUUAAACAAAUAUUUGUUCAUUUAGAAAACUUGAAAAUGUUUGCACAGGCCAACUUUUCGUGAACCAAAAAAACAAACAGAAACCCCUUCCUGACCCAAAUUUCGGUUCGUGUCAGAGCACUCCGUACUAGAAGUAGGACUUAGAGCUGGUUCACACUGAGGAGGAGGAAGAAAACCCUAGAAUCUGGGCAGCGGGCUGCCCUCAGACACAGCUGGGUUUUCUUCCCCAGUUACCUGAGAAGGGAAUAGGUACAGGAAGCACUUUGUAAGUCGAAGCAGGUUGAAAUGAAACUCACCGCAUAAUGGAAUAAGAAGUGUGAGAAAUAGGUAUUUGUUUCACAGACAGUAGCCAGACACAUACUCAUUAUUUAUGUGAACGAGAAACAAGAUUUUAAACCCCCACAGAUAACUCUCAGUUUAUUUGAGCCAAUCGCAGAAACCGCCUUCCUCACCAAACCUCAUAUAGGAUUUAUUUAAAAUAGUAAAAGAAGUUUCAUCAUUUUUAUUUCCCCUCUGAGUGCAAUGAUUGGCCUCUAAGCAGGGCGUCUGAAGAAAAACAAGGGGCCUGAGUAAUUUAUGAAUUAUUGUUCGAUCCCUUAGUAGCCUAACCAUCAUUCUUAGGAGCACUGGGAUGGCUCCCCAAAAAGUUUAUAGAAAAGAGAAGAAUCUUAAUGAAGAAUACUUCUCACACUAAGUAUUUUUUUAAAAGGUGAAUGAAACUUUAAAGUUAGCUUUAACUUCAGUAGUAUUUGCCAUUUAGCUCAGACCUUUUUAGGAAAUAGCCUAAUGGUUGGUAAUUUUAAAUUCCCUCUUUCUUGCAAGGACAGUGAAAAGCUGGAAUUGGGUGUUUAAAGUUCAACAUGUUACUUUGUAAUAGAUGUUUCAUAGAUUUUUCUGCUACCUUGCUGCUAUGGUUUUCAAUAAGAGCUACAUAAUUUAGUUUCAUAUAAAUUUCAUGGACGUAGAACCUAAUUCAACUUAAAACUGUGUGUUUGGGAAAACUAUCUUACUAUUUCACAAUAGGCUGACAACAUUUCUAUCGCCAAAAAUAGCUAAAUACCUCAAUCAGUCUCAGAAUGUCGUUUUGGUACUUUGCUGGCCACACAAGCCAUUAUUCACUAGUAUGACUAGUUGUGUCCUGCAGUUUAUAUUUAACUUUCUUUAUGUCUGUGGAUUUUUUUCCUUCAAAGUUUAAUAAAUUUAUUUUCUUGGAUUCAA